UCUCCCCACAAAACCAGACAGGAGUUCCCCGAGAGCGCAUGCGUGCAACAGUGCCUCGCCAGAAAAGACUACAAACUCCAGAGAUCCCAGCUGCAUCUUGCGGAAACGUCCGUAGUCGAAAGUAGCAAGAGUAUCCAAGCCCGAGGAAGUAGGCUCCACUGGAGCGUGGUCGUUCGCGAUCCUCGAAUCUGUCACUUGGGUCUUGCCCGCAGACCUUUGGAAAGACUCGGUCCCAGCGCAACUAUGAACUUGGAGCGGGUGUCCAACGAGGAGAAAUUAAACUUGUGCCGGAAAUACUACCUGGGUGGAUUUGCUUUCCUGCCUUUCCUCUGGCUGGUGAACAUCUUCUGGUUCUUCAGAGAGGCCUUCCUUGCCCCAGCCUACACAGAGCAGAACCAAAUCAAGGGCUAUGUCUGGCGCUCAGCUGUGGGCUUCCUCUUCUGGGUUAUUGUGCUCGCAACCUGGAUCACCAUCUUUCAGAUCUACCGACCCCGCUGGGGUGCCCUUGGGGACUACCUCUCCUUCACCAUUCCCCUGGGCACCCCCUGACACCUUCUCCUUCACAGGCCUGGUUGCUCAUUCUCCUAGGGUGGGCUCUUCUGCUCUAAGCCCACUCUUGAGCCUCCUAAGACUUAUUGUCCCCCAAUAAAGGACCCUAAUUCUCAA